AUAUUCAGCUCUGAACCUCUCAGAAGCCUCCCAUCUAGGUCCGCAGGAGGCGGUAGCAUUUCUCUUUGUGGCUUUGCUCCAUACAGCUGUCAGUAGUUUUGCAGCGAACUUCCAGAUCAUGGAGUUCCGCGUUUUUCUGCUCGUGUCCGUUUUGUUUUUAAGCGCCACCGCGGAUCUACAAGCACCUGAGGUCCAAACAAGGCUUGGCAGAUUGAAAGGUCAGUAUGUGAGCGUAAAGGGGAAAGAGACCGGCGUCCACGCCUUCCUGGGCAUCCCCUUUGCUAAGCCUCCCCUCGGCCCCACCCUGAGAUUGGCCGCACCUCAGCCUGCAGAGGGAUGGCAAGGACUGAGAGACGCCACAAAGCAACCCAACAUGUGCAUUCAAGAUAUGGACUUUGUUGACAUUUUGUUUGAAAAACUCAGUGGAAUGAAGACAGAAACCCCAGAUAUUUCUGAAGACUGUCUGUAUCUCAACAUUUACACCCCUGCAAACAGAGCUCCUGAUGCCAAGCUCCCUGUCAUGGUGUGGAUCCACGGUGGAGGCUUUUCCAUUGGGUCUGCUUCAAUGUUUGACGGUUCUGCUCUGGCUGCCUACCAAGAUGUGGUUGUGGUUCUGAUCCAGUAUCGACUGGGCCUUCUGGGUUUUUUCAGCACUGGAGAUGAGCAUGUGUCUGGGAACUUUGGUCUUUUGGACCAGAUCCAAGCCCUGAAGUGGGUCAAGGAGCACAUUCACAACUUUGGCGGAAAUCAGGAUUUGGUCACCAUAUUUGGGGAGUCUGCAGGUGGAGUUAGCGUGUCCCUUCUGCUCCUGUCUCCAUUGUCUCAUGGCCUGUUUCAACAUGCCAUUGCUGAGAGUGGCACAGCUUCAAUGGAUGCAGUUUUUAUGCAUUAUCCUGUUCCAGUAAUGCAGGCCACUGCAAAUGCAUCGGGCUGCAGCCUCGAAAGCUCAGAGAAGAUUGCUAAAUGCAUGAGGAACCUUGGUAUUGAUACCAUAUUGACAUUGGGGAAGGAUCCAAAUUUGAGAUUUUCUGUAAGUAUUGAUGGGCACUUCCUGACCAAACCUGUGCCUGAGCUGCUCCGGAAGCAUGAACUCCUCACUAUACCUUUGAUGACCGGUGUUAAUGAUCAUGAAGGGGGAUUUAUCCUUCCCGAUCAACUCGCUCCUGCAAACUGGACAGAAGGAAUGGACCGAGAGCAGCUUGCAAACAUGUUGUUUUUCUUCUACCCGAUGCCUGAAGAUGGACCUAUCAGAGAGUUCAUUUUAAAUGAAUAUGUUGGAGGUGGUGAAGACCGCAUCAGAAACAGAGAUGGAAUGACUGAGCUGCUUGGAGAUUUCUUUUUUAACAUUCCUGUCAUUAAGAUAGCAAAUGCGCAUAGAGAUGCAGGCGCUGCUGUGUACUUGUAUGAGUAUCAUCACGCUCCCAAGUUCCUUCAGAAAAGAAGGCCCAGCUUUGUUAAAAGUGACCAUGGAGAUGAGAUCUUCUCUGUGCUUGGAUCUUGCUUCACAACGACCCAUGUGAAGCUAAUUGAACCAUGCCCUGAAGAGGAGAAAGUGUUGAGCAAGAUCAUGAUGAGCUACUGGGGCAACUUUGCUCGCACAGGGUCCCCCAAUGGAGAUGGCCUCGUCAACUGGCCUAAAUAUGGAGCAGAAGAAAAGCAUCUGUCUAUUGAUUUAAAGGAGCAGGUAGCAGUGCAGUGGCUUCAGAAGGACCGGUUCAUCUUUGUGACUCAGACUCUGGAAAAAAAGAUACAGCAGCAUAGGAAGGAUGUGGAGAACAAUAAAUCACCCGAGGUCCCAACAAGGCUGGGCAGACUGAAAGGUCAGUAUGUGAACGUAAAGGGGAAGGAGGCCGGCGUCCACGCCUUCCUGGGCAUCCCCUUUGCUAAGCCUCCCCUCGGCCCCACCCUGAGACUGGCCGCACCUCAGCCUGCAGAGGGAUGGCAAGGACUGAGAGACGCCACCAUGCAACCCAACAUGUGCAUUCAAAAUAUGGACUUCGUUGACGAGCUUCUUGAAAAACUCAAAGGGUUAAUAUUGGAAAUCCCAGAUAUUUCUGAAGACUGUCUGUACCUCAACAUUUACACCCCUGCAAACAGAGCUCCUGAUGCCAAGCUCCCUGUCAUGGUGUGGAUCCACGGUGGAGGCUUUCUUCUUGGGUCUGCAUCAGGGUAUGAUGGUUCUGCUCUGGCUGCAUACCAGGAUGUUGUUGUGGUUCUGAUCCAGUAUCGACUGGGAGUUCUGGGCUUUGUCAGCACCGGAGACGAGCAUUUGCCAGGAAACUUUGGCCUUUUGGACCAGAUCCAAGCCCUGAAGUGGGUCAAGGAGAACAUUCACAGCUUUGGAGGAAACCCAGAUUUGGUCACCAUAUUUGGGGAGUCUGCUGGUGGUGUUAGCGUUUCACUCCUGCUUCUGUCUCCACUGUCUGAUGGCCUGUUCCACCGAGCCAUUGCCGAGAGUGGUACAGCUGCAAUGGAUCUCCUUGUUAUUAAUGAUCCUGUCCCAGCUAUGCAGGCGGCUGCAAACGCAUCAGGAUGUAGCCUGGAGAGCACAGAGAAGAUUGCUGAGUGCAUGAGGAACCUGGACAGUGACACCAUACUGGCAGUAGGGAAGGAUCAGAGUUUAAGAUAUCCUGUAAAUGUUGAUGGCCACUUCCUGACUGAGUCCGUGCCUGAGCUGUUCCAGAAGCACAAACUCCUCACUGUGCCAUUUAUGACUGGCAUUAAUAAUCAUGAAGGAGGUUUUGCUAUUUCUGAUCACUAUGCUCCACCAAACUGGACAGAAGGAAUGGAUCAAGAGCUGGUCAGAAACAUCCUGUUCGCCUUUUACCCCCUUCCUGAGCAGGCAGUCAUCAGAGACUUGAUUGUUAAUGAAUACACCGGAUCUGGUGAAGACCGCAUUCGAAACAGAGAUGGAUUUACGGAGCUGCUUGGAGAUUUCUUUUUUACUAUUCCAGCCAUUAAAGCGGCAAAUGCUCACAGAGAUGCAGGCGCUGCUGUGUACUUGUAUGAGUAUCACCACGCUCCCACAAUUCUGCAGAAAAUAAGGCCGAGCUUUGUUAAAUGUGACCAUUUGGAUGAAAUCUUAACGGUGCUGGGAUUGUGCUUCACAACUACCCAUGUAAAAUUAGCUGAUGCAUGUCCCAAAGAGGAGGAAGAGUUUAGCAGAAUCAUGAUGAACUACUGGGGCAACUUUGCUCGCACAGGGUCUCCUAAUGGCCAUGGCCUCGUCAAGUGGCCCAAGUAUGGAGCGGAGGAACGGUACCUGUCUCUCGAUUUGAAGGAGCAGGUGUCUGGUCAGUCCCUCAGGAAGAACCGGUUCACCUUUGUGACCCAAACUCUGCCAGAGAAGAUCAAGAAGCUUCAGGAGAACGCGGAGCACAGCGAGCUGUAUGCUCCACAAGUAGCUCUCCAUGACAGGAUUUGCAUUUAUCUGUUUAAGAGUUUAGCUGAAAAGUCACUAGGAGGCAGCAGCAUUUCUUCUGAUUACUUUGCUGCUGCCUUCACUAGUGUCAAAUUUCACAUCCUGACCAACAUGAAGUUAUGCAUGAAACAAGUUUGCGGUCUUCUGUUUGUUGUUUUUCUUGGCGUUACUGCAGAUUUGCAAGCACCACAGGUCCUAACCAGCCUGGGCAGACUGAGAGGUCAGUAUGUGAGCGUAAAGGGGAAGGAGGCCGGCGUCCACGCCUUCCUAGGCGUCCCCUUUGCUAAGCCUCCCCUCGGCCCCACCCUGAGACUGGCCGCACCUCAGCCUGCAGAGGGAUGGCAAGGACUGAGAGACGCCACAAAGCAACCCAACAUGUGCAUUCAAAGUAUGGAUGUUGCCAAUGAGCUGAUUGAUCUGCUCGGUUUGCUGAUAUCAGAAGUUCCAGAGCUUUCAGAAGACUGUCUGUACCUCAACAUUUACAGUCCUGCAAAUAAAGCUCCUGAUGCCAAGCUCCCUGUCAUGGUGUGGAUCCACGGUGGAGGCUUUGUGAUUGGAUCUGCUUCAUCAUUUGAUGGUUCUGCUCUGGCCGCUUACCAGGAUGUUGUUGUGGUUCUGAUCCAGUAUCGACUGGGAGUUCUGGGCUUUCUCAGCACUGGAGACGAGCAUAUGCCAGGAAACUUUGGCCUUUUGGACCAGAUCCAAGCCCUGAAGUGGGUCAAAGAGAACAUUCACAGCUUUGGAGGGAACCCAGAUUUGGUCACCAUAUUUGGGGUGUCUGCUGGUGGUAUUAGCGUUUCACUCUUACUUCUGUCUCCGUUAUCUGAUGGCCUGUUUCACCGAGCCAUUGCUCAGAGUGGUACAGCUGCAAUGGAUGUCCUGAUGAAUGAUCCUGUACCAGUAAUGCAGGCAGUUGCAAACACUUCAGGCUGUAGUCUUGAAAGCACAGAGAAGAUUGCUAUAUGCAUGAGAAACCUGGACACUGACACCAUAUUGGCAUGGAAGGAUCCAUUUAUGAGAUAUCCAAUACAUGUUGAUGGCCACUUCCUGACUGAGCCCGUGCCUGAGCUGCUCCAGAAGCACAAACUCCUCACUGUGCCAUUCAUAAUCGGCGUUAAUAAUCAUGAAGGAGGUUUUGUUGUUGGUGAUCACUUUGCUCCUCCAAACUGGACAGAAGGAAUGGAUCGAGAGCAGGUUGUGGACCUGGUGUCUAUGUUCUAUCCCCUUGCCCAAGUUGCAGCCAUUGGAGAUCUGAUUGUGACGACGUAUGUUGGAUCUGGUGAAAACCGCAUCAGAAACAGAGAUGGAUACACUGAAUUCAUAGGAGAUUUCCUUUUUUCCACGCCGGCCGUGAAAGUAGUAAAUGCUCACAGAGAUGCAGGUGCUGAUGUGUUCUUAUAUGAAUACCAUCAUGCUCCCAAGUUUCAAAAGAAAAGAAGGCCCAGCUUUGUUAAGUGCGACCAUCUAGAUGAGGUCUUUAUGGUGCAGGGAUACUGCUUUACAACUACACAUGCAAAAUUAGCUGAUGCAUGUCCUGAAGAGGAGGAAGAGUUUAGCAAAAUCAUGAUGAACUACUGGGGCAACUUUGCUCGCACAGGGUCUCCUAAUGGCGAUGGCCUCGUCAACUGGCCCAAGUAUGGAGAGGAGGAAAAGUAUCUGUCCCUUGAUUUGAAGGAGCAGGUGUCUGGUCACUCCCUCAAGAAGGACCGGUUUGUCUUCCUGACCCAAACUCUGCCAGAGAAGAUCAAGAAGCUUAAGGAGAAAGUGGAGCACAGCGAGCUGUAGUGCAGACUUAUGGAGAUUUAAAAACAGUGCAAGAGUGAAACGAUCUUUUAGCUAGUAGGUUGUCAUUUUAAAGGCACCUACCUACUGUCGAUACUGAUUUUUCUGGGAUUUUUUUUACAGGAUUCCUCUACAUUUCCUCUUCUAAUGUUUUUUGUUUUAUAAUUAUUUCUGUAUGUUUUUCUCUCUUCCAAGGUUCUAUUAAAUUCUUUUACAUGAGAAAUUUGAUUAUGCAGCAUCUACUUUGAAAAUUCUCAUGAUGCAUGUAUUUACAUUGCCUGUAUGUUAGACAAACUGUAAGGGUGUAACUGUAAACUGAUUCAACUUCUGUUGUAUUUGCAAUGGAAGCCCCUUACAUUAUGAUGCUUAAUAAUCACUGGGUCAAAGUACAGCAAUGUAAACAAUUGUUUGGCCUUUUAAAAAAUUGUUUUUGUACUUAACUGCUCAAGAUC